UAAAUCACAUUUCACCAAGAGAAGAUGACCGAUCGAAACAGUCAAGUCUUGUCUGAGACCCUGUGACCUAAUUGAAACCAAUAGAUAUUUCACAUUGUAAAAAAUACAAAAGUUUCGUAGAUACAAUAGUCUUUAAAUCUUAACAAACUGAAUAAGGAAAUAUGUUUUUUUAAAAUACAUGUUUAUGAGUAAUUUAAAAAUAAUAUUUAGGAUUAUUAGUAGUAGUUACGUUUAAUUACAAUUUGGAUCCAUCCGUUCAGGGUGGCAACAAACACUCUGAGCUUACAAGACACACUGUUUUUCUCCAUAAUAUUAUUUGGGAAGCCCUGAAAAACUGAACAACCAACUAUGGGAGACUGGGGAUUCCUCUCAGCAUUACUAGACAAAGUACAGUCCCACUCCACUGUCAUAGGCAAGAUAUGGAUGAGCGUCCUCUUUAUCUUCAGGAUCCUGGUCCUGGGAGCAGGAGCGGAAAAUGUGUGGGGCGACGAGCGAUCCAACUUAGUGUGCAACACCAACACGCCUGGUUGCGAAAACGUAUGCUACGACUGGAAGUUCCCCAUCUCGCAUAUUCGCUUCUGGGUCAUGCAGAUCAUCUUUAUUUCCACUCCAACUUUGGUGUAUCUAGGCCACGUGGUGCACGUCAUCCACCAAGAGAACAAACUGAGAGAGGAGCAGAAAAGGAACCCGAUGUCGAAGUCGCCAAAAUAUACAAACGAACAAGGGAAGGUUGCAAUCAAAGGAACCAUGCUGGGUAGCUACUUGGCCCAGCUGUUUAUUAAAAUCAUUUUAGAGGUGGCCUUCAUUGUUGGACAGUAUUUUCUGUUUGGAUUUAUCAUGGAUCGCCGUUUCCACUGUCCUAAGAUUUUGCCCUGUAUGAUGGAGACAGAGUGUUUUGUGUCUAGACCCACAGAGAAAACCAUCUUUAUUAUCUUCAUGUUGGUGGUAGCAUGUGUGUCCCUGGCCUUGAAUGUUCUAGAAAUAUUCUAUUUGCUUUGUAAAAGGAUUAGUGGGAGAAAUAAGAAAUAUAGGAAUGUAAUGUAUGCUGGCGAUUCCCGAUAUCCUUCACACUAUUCAGUAGAACUUGAUUCUGUUAAUGGAAUGAGGCACAAUGAGUUAAACAUGGCCUUUCAGAACAGGUUGGGUCAACGCAAAAUCAGCCUUGAUGGAGCCAAACCUGAGGCAUAAGGCAACAGGUCAAUGUGGUAACAUGACAAAUACACAUAACUAAUAAAAUCAGCACAGCCUAUGAAGGAAUAAAAAGUUGAUUGUAACUUUUGCUAACUGAACACUAGAUGGCGCUGUAAUCUUCUUGAGUUGCACUCACUAACCCCUAACUUCUGUCACUACAAGGCCAGUGAUGUUUUUUUUCUUUUUGUCUCAGUUACUGUAGUUUUUCAAUGUACUUUUUAAUUUUAUUUUCGCAUAUCAUGCAACACGAAAUAUGUUUAAUCAACUUUUUGUGCAUUAAGAAUAAAUAUUGUGUGAUAAGUAUAUGAA